GACAAACGAUUCGUCUGUUUAUCGUUCUUUUGAUCGAUGUAGAAAAGACAUUAUUUCUUGUCCGUUGAAUAAUCCUAUAACUUUUCCGUACUGCAUUAAUAUGUAUACGUAAGUGAAGAAAUAUGAGGAGGCAAGCGGAAGAAGAAGAAAAAGAAAGUAAAUUGAUAUUGACGCUGAGAUUCCUCAAGACAUACUAUAAAAUAAUAUUUGCCGUAACAUGGGCGAUAAUUUUGCUGCCCGCCUUUUUGGUCUACAAUGUUCCGGAAACGAGGUGCGCGUACACAAUUUUGCUGAUGGCUGGGUAUUGGAUCAGCGAAUGUUUUCCUAUGGCGAUAACCUCGCUUAUACCCUUGGUGUUGUUCCCGCUGUUCGGCGUCCUCAGCACAGCAGAUACCUGCAGCUGUUACAUGAAUGAUACCAUAAUGGUUUUCAUAGGAGGUUUGGUCCUCGCUGUGUCCAUCGAACAUAGCAACCUGCAUUUGAGAAUCGCUCUAGGAGUGAUGAAAACUGUUGGCUGUACUCACGGCAAAUUACUUGCCGGUCUCUGCGCGGUAACCUCUUUUAUAUCUAUGUGGGUUUCGAAUACCGCGGCUACCGCCAUGAUGGUACCGAUCAUAUUCGCGAUUCUAAACGAACUAGAACAGGCAGGACUGGGCCGAGUUUUCGAUAAGAUGCCAAUAGAUCCAGAAAAUCCGGAUUUGGAACCGUUAUACCGUGUCGGGCCAUAUUAUCUGCGAGGCGUGAACACAGAACUUCAAAGAUGCAAAUACAAAUGGAUACUCGUUGCUCGCCGUAGGCAACUGCAGCCGACAAAAGUGACGAAGGCGUAUUUGCUGGCAGCAGCGUACUGUUCGACGUUCGGUGGUACAGGGGCGCUGGUCGGUACAGGCACCAAUCUUACGUUCAAAGGGAUCUACGAGAGCACGUUUCCCGAAUCCGGUGGCAUCAACUUCACGCAGUGGAUGGUCGCGGCACUUCCACAGAUGAUAGUGAACACCGCGUUGACGUGGCUGUAUCUUCGCAUAGUGUUCAUGGGCUAUUUGAGACCGGGUAGCAAGGACGCGCAAAUGGCGAACAUCGGUGAGGAAGGUGAAGCGGUGACGAAUCGGGUCGUACAGCAAAGAUACGCCGAACUGGGUAUCUUUACGUUUCACGAAAAAGCAGUUGCAACGCUUUUUGCGACAUGCAUAUUUCUCUGGAUAUUUCGGAAACCUGGCUUCGUACGUGGAUGGUCCGAAGUGAUAACGGAAAUAGAUGUACGAGAUUCGACGCCUGUCAUAUUCAUCUCGAUUCUGAUGUUUUUUAUUCCGAAAGAUCCCAGUUUCAUUUACAGUUUCAGCAAAGAUCCCGAGAAAAGACCACGCGUUUCUUCGGAAGGUUUGAUCACGUGGGAUGUGAUCGAGAAAAAAAUGCCUUGGAGCUUAAUGUUUCUGUUAGGCGGUGGAUUCGCUAUAUCCAAAGGCAGUAUAGCCUCUUGCUUGGCUAAAAGAAUCGGGGAAGCCUUGGUACCGCUCAAGUAUUUACCACCUGCGAUGAUCUUGUUCCUUGUUUCCUUGUUCGUCGGCACUAUUACAGAGUUCACGAGCAACGUCGGCAUCGCGAACAUUACUUUACCGGUGAUCUCUCAAAUGUGCGUAGCAAUGGAGAUUCAUCCGCUUUAUUUGAUGGUACCCGCAGCCAUAAUGUGCUCCUAUUCGUUCCGAUUACCGGUUGGUACACCACCGAACGCGAUCGUCACGAUCGUGGGUAAAAUUCCAACCAAGUGGCUAAUGAUAGGAGGUUGUGGCCCGGCUAUUUACGGGCUCAUAGUUCAGGGUAUUUUCUUCAUUGUUUGGGGCACUUAUAUUUUCGGUAUCAGUGAUUUUCCAGCGUGGGCCUCUCACGCUCAUGCGUCCGAGGCAAAUUCAAAGUGCAAUUAAAUUAGACUAGAUUAAAUGAAAUGAAAUAAAAUCA